ACAUGUGCUCUCAAACUGCGUAGUUUGGGUUUGUUUACCUGUGCAGAAUCGUAAUAGGACGUUCAGAAUUUAGUGCCGGUACAGUUUUCGUCUGCUUCGUUCUAUAUACCCAAACAUGGAGCAGUAUCGCAUUCCGAACAAGCUUCCCUCCGAGGAUGUUAACAUUCUCGCACAGCGCAAGGGUCGGCUGAAGCACGAAGCGCAGCGCACGCGGCCAAUACCAAAGCAGGACAGACGUCGCGGCUUCAAGAAAAUCGCCAACAUCGUGGCUGUGACGCGGGAGGCCAUGCGAGAUGCGAAACGCAUGAAACGUAACUUCCUCAAAACGGGCAUGCGGCUGAAAAACACCAACAUCGAGGAGGGCCGGCUGAUCUUAAUCUUCCGCCACCGUGGUGGCUACAUCUGCAACAAUCACAUAGACAGGGCGCUGCAUCGGCUCAAUGUAGGGAAUUUAAAGAGCGCUUCGUUGCAGUGCCUCACGGCGGAAGUGCACGCGUUGCUGAAGAUGGUUGAGCCGUACGUGAUCUGGGGCUACCCGAAUGUGACGGUGGUUCGGGAAUUGAUCUACAAAUACGGCGUGCUGCGUGAUCCGGGCCUAAAACACUACAAACCGGCGGCGGAGCUGGAGGGCAAGAAAAUGGUUCCACUGACGUCGAACAAGAUAGUGGAAGAAAUCUUCGGCUACUGCGGAAUCAUCUGCGUGGACGAUCUGAUACACGAGAUCAUGACGGUAGGGGAGGCCUUCCACUUCGUGCAUCGGCACUUCCGGAGCUUCAAGCUGCGCAAUCCGAUGAACGGAUGGAGGUGCCCGAAAAUCAAAGGUAAACUACGAUCGAAGGGCGGCGAGGCAGGCUUCCGGGGUGACGAGAUUAAUGAGCUGUUCCAAUUGCUUCUCUAAGCGGAGAAUGGUGGGACUCUAUUGUCGAGCCAAUUGACCCUGGAUAAGCAACGUUUCCCAUCGUUUCAAAUCGAAUCGAUAACAAUUUCUCGGCAAACCUUACCCUAGCGUCCUCACUUCUCCUUCCCCGAUGGCAUAGUAUAAUGUUGUGACCGCCCCAGACGUGUCAGUUGUCGUGUUUCGUUUUUAAGGUUUCCAUAAUAAAUCAUCAACCCGUUAGACAUUUCCUAACGGUUUUCCUCAAA